AUGAAAUCUGCAGCGUUGCUUUCGUUUGUGUGUCUCUGCAAUGUUGGGCUCUCUUUUAAAAUCUGCGCUUUCAACAUUCAAAGUUUCGGAGAGACCAAGGCCGGCAACAAGCAAGUUAUGACCACGUUAGUGAAGAUCAUCUCGCGCUGUGACGUGUGUCUCAUCCAAGAGGUGCGGGACGCCAAGGGUGAAGCUGUUUCGACACUCAUGAAGGAACUUAGCAAGUUUGAUCAAUCACACCACUACUCAUGUGUGGAGAGUAAAAGACUGGGCAAAAACAGCUACAAGGAGCAGUAUGUCUUUGUGUUCAGGGAUGACGUGCUGACGGUUCAAGACCAAUUCCAGUAUCCUGAUACUCGGCAAGGCGACUCGGAAGCCUUUUCCAGAGAACCCUUUGCUGUGCGCUUCCACUCGCCUCACACAGCAGUGAAGGACUUUGUCUUGGUGGCCCAGCACACAUGUCCAAAGGCGGCCGUUCGUGAGAUCGACGAGCUGUACCAGGUCUUCCAGGGAGUAAGGGGGCGCUGGAGAACACAGAAUAUCAUGUUUUUGGGUGAUUUUAACGCUGCCUGCAGUUACGUCACAGCAAAAGACUGGGACACGAUUCGUCUGCGUAAAAAUCCAGCUUUCAGCUGGCUGAUUGGGGAUGAGGAGGACACGACUGUGAGCGGGAAAACACAGUGUGCUUAUGACAGGAUUGUGGUCCACGGAAAGGAGUUUUUGGAUGGGAUUGUGCCAAACUCUGCCAGACCGUUCAACUUCAAGAAGAUAUUCAGACUCACAGAGGAAGAAGCUCUGGAGGUGAGCGACCACUUGCCAGUUGAGGUGGAUUUGAAACCGAGCCCCAGACAGCCUCUUCACAGUGAGCUGUAAUGAACCCACGAGACAGAGACCAGGAGCAAAACACACCACAGCUGCGAAACCACCUUGCCACACUAGAGAAGCACCCUGUGUUUGAUAGCCAUGUCCCUCACAAUACAGUUUAAACAAAAAAGUAGAACCUGUCCUAUCCAAUCCUGUAAGAUACCUAUUAAGCAAUAGACCUCAUUCACACAGGCUGCUGCUGCUGCCAACUGAACAGUAUUGAUGGAAACUGAUCAAUGCACAUUUUAUUAAGGGUCUAAAACAGUAUAUUCAGCUCAUACCAGGACUGAAGAUACAGUUGCUGACAAGAUGUUGCAUUUGGAAAUUCAAAUUCACUUUUUACACGCUGUCACUUAACUGUCCAGUUGAACCAUGUUCAAUAAAACAAGGGAUUCAUAGAAUAAUUAUACUGUUAAUGCUGAAACUAUGUUUUGCUGACCUUCAAAGCCAGUUUGGGUUUGUGUGCAUGCAUUUGUUUCUAUCUGGGGUUAACAUGCAGUGCAAAAACCCAUAUUACUUUGGCAUAGACUGAGAAAGCACAGCAAGAACUGUGUUUGGAAUGCUGGUUAAUGAUAGGACAGAAGCUAUUGAAGGGUUAGGAACAGCAGCAUGGCUUACAAACUGAUAUUUCAUUAACUCAGUACUGUACCAAAGGUCAUGUUUAAAAAAAACAUGCAUGUUAACAUCCAAGGUUUUUCAAAACUGUACAUUUGAUCCUUAAAUCAAAGUAUACACCUUGCAACAAACUGAAGACUAAAGUUUUUUUUGGAGUACUUAUCUGGCAACAUCUAUUUGUUACUUGAAUUCUCUUUAUAUUGUUACAAUAACUUACAUUUUGUUAAGCACACAAAUGUUAAAUCUAACUUAGUUCUGCAAACAGACCUUCAAAUGCUUCUGACACCUCAAUAUAAACUAAACUACAGCCCAAAAAUGAUAUAUUUCUUGGCAUUCUCCUCCCCAUUAUGUUAAAGCUCCAUGUUCUGUGUUGAACUCCACUGGUCUGAUUACAAAUAACUUGACUGUCCUCAAAAUAGGAUUCAACAGUUUGUAGCAAAAACUAUGCAUUUCUUUCUUUGAAGAAACAGAUUUAGACUAUCAAAACAAAUAUACAGCAUGCAUUUCCAAUUUAAUUAAUUUCCCCAAAAAGGUAAAGUUCCUUUGGUACUGAAUGGGAUAA